AUGGCGGUAAAUGCCUCUGGCUACGAGCCUUCCCCCACCUGCUACCAAAACCAACCCAGUCGUUCUCGAGCCGAGCGAAAAGCUGCCGUUGAAGACUUCAUGGGAUUAGCUACGGCCAUCCCUGCCUUAAGCACCAGCUCUUCCCUGACCCCGGCCGGGCCAUGGGCUACAUCUGUGAAGCGGUACAGGUCCGAUGUUGCAGAAAUCAAUCUACACUCCAAUACACCCCUUCUAAGGGAGCUUUACAAAAGGCGCUCUCAGUGGGAACUGAUGAUCCGCGUCAAAUAUGCAAUGGACUGGAACCCCGUCUCCUUGUAG